ACGCAAGCACGUGCUUCCUGUUUCCAGCUGCACGUUCUAUGUGUACCUCGGUAGUCCAGUGCUGCUCCGUCUCAACUUUUCACAUUUGAAAAAUGCCGAAAACCAAACAGUCGAAGAGAAGAAAGCGGUUUGACUACAACACGGACCGGAAGAAGCUGAAGAAGAAGUUUCUAAAGAAGACCAACCCGAGGAUUGAACAUGCUCAGAUCAGGAAUGCCUGGGACAACAACAAAUCCAUGGCCAGGAACUUGCAGGAGAUGGGUCUGUCGUUUGAUCCCAACCGUACUUUGCCCAUAAAGAAACAGACACUCGUCGGAGGAGACACCGAUGACAGAAGACCUGCCCACAUCGUCACCAAACCUUACAUCCUCACCAAGCUGCAGGAGGAGGCCAGCCUUCAGGAGAAGGACUCCAAGACGUUGUCGUCCGACCUGAUCGAGUACGUCCAGCACAUGAUCCGAGAACAUAAGGACAACUACAAGGCGAUGGCUCGAGAUGAGAAGAACUACUACCAGGACACACCCAAACAGAUCAAGAGAAAAAUCAAUGAGUACAAGCGCUGCCACCCGCAGCACUACGAAGCCUUUGUCAACUCACUCGCUACUCCGGAGGCCAUGGAUCAGUAGAGCCAUCAGGUCUGGGACUGAACACCAGAGCCACACAGCCCGCUGUUUGUUGGAAAAUCUGAUGAACAAGCAGAGACUCUGUGUUUAUGCUUUUUCUGUUUGUAGUUUUUCUAUUUUGUUCUUGCUUCUUAAAAACUGCUUUUUAAUUUAUCAUAAAUGGCUCAAAACC